ACGAGAAAGCCACACAACAGAAUCCAAGAUUUUUGGGUUUCUUGUAAUCGAACACACGAACUAAGGAACCGAACAAGAUUCAUCAUUUAGUUUCGUGAAGUUGGCGUUGCGCUGUUUCUUCUUUGAGAGGGUAUGAUUUUGGUGACCUCAAAGUUAGGGUUUUUAAUACUGAAUCAGAAGGUUUGAAAAUUUGAGGGCUUUUGUUUGAGUUUGUCUGUUGAUAUGAUCUUUUAGGGUUUUGGUUCUGAUGAAGAUGAGAUUUGGCUUUGCAUUGUAUGGAUUUGGGAAUUGCUAAAAAGGGGAAGUUUAGAUUUGUUUGAGUGAAGGAGAAUAGACGUCGUUGAGAGAGUGCGUCUCUGCACUCUCCCACUGUUCAUCUGGUUUUGUUGUAGAAGAAUCUUGGUGAGAGUAAUCAUGCAACGUUCUCAAGAUCAGAGGAUUAGCUUGUGUGAAUUGAAAGAGCAUAUUGUGAAGAAGACCGGUGUCGAAAGAUCGAGAAGGUAUUUCUAUUAUCUAGGCAGGUUUCUAAGUCAGAAGCUUACUAAGAGUGAGUUUGAUAAGACGUGUUUGAGGUUGUUAGGGAGGGAGAAUCUCUCUUUACAUAACCAGUUGAUACGUUCGAUCUUGAGGAAUGCGACUGUUGCUAAGUCACCACCUCCAGAUCAUGAAGCUGGUCAUUCGACUAAGGCGAAUGCUUUUCAGAGUAGAGGAGACGGUCUUGAGCAAAGUGGAACUUUAAUCCCUAAUCAUAGUCAGCAUGAGCCUGUUUGGUCUAACGGGGUUUUGCCUAUCUCUCCGCGGAAAGUUAGGUCUGGAAUGCAGAACAGGAAGAGCAGAGAUAGGCCUAGUCCACUAGGGUCAAAUGGGAAGGUUGAACAUAUGUUGCAUCAGCCAGUUUGUAGAGAAGACAAUAGAGGUAGUGUUGGUAUGGAAAAUGGGGAUUAUCAAAGAUCAGGCAGAUAUGUUGCUGAUGAAAAAGAUGGUGAGUUUCUUCGUCCCGUGGAAAAACCGAGAAUACCAAAUAAGGAAAAGAUUGCAGCUGUGUCUAUGAGAGAUGAUCAGAAUCAAGAAGAGCAGGCUAGAGUAAAUCUAUCAAUGAGUCCUCUUAUUGCACCUCUAGGGAUUCCAUUUUGUUCAGCUAGUGUCGGUGGGUCCCCUAGAACGAUACCUGUUUCAACCAACGCUGAGUUAAUUAGUUGCUAUGACAGUGGUGGAUUACCUGAUAUAGAGAUGCUGAGGAAAAGAAUGGAGAAUAUUGCUGUAGCACAGGGUCUUGAAGGUGUUUCGAUGGAGUGUGCUAAGACGUUGAAUAACAUGUUGGAUGUAUAUCUGAAGAAGCUGAUCAAUUCUUGCUUUGAUUUGGUUGGAGCCCGGUCCACAAAUGGAGAUCCUGGGAAACAACGUAUAGGCAAGCAGCAGAGUCAAAACAAGAUUGUAAAUGGGGUGUGGCCAACUAACAGUUUGAAAAUACAAACUCCUAAUGGGUCUUCUGAUAUAAGACAAGAUCAUCAUUCUGUGUCUAUGCUUGAUUUUAGAACUGCCAUGGAGUUAAAUCCACGCCAGCUUGGCGAAGACUGGCCAACUCUCCGAGAGAGAAUUUCAUUGCGGUCUUUCGAGGAACAAGACUUUGAGGUGUGAAAGACAUCUUGAGCAUGCUUGUUGAUGUUACAUAUUGUCCAAAAGGGGACAACUAAUUUUGAAUGCAAAAAGACUUACUGUGUAGUUCCAUGACGAACCGGAAAGAGACGAAGUUAUGAGUUCUGAGCUGAAAAGCACAUCACUAUGACUGCAGCAGCAGACUCAGAGCAGGUUAGUAGAUUAUUAAAAUGGAACUAAUCUCAAAGAACCGUAUAAAGAUACGUGUUGUUGGUUGUCAUGUUGUAAGAUUAGAAGUAAUUGGCAAUCUCAAAGAGUUUUGAGCUUUGUGUGUAAACCCGAGGCAAAUAAGGGAAUUGGGUAGAGAGUUUUUGGCAGAGAUACUGUGCUUUUAAGUUGGUGCAAGGUACUAUUGUCAAUCAUGUAAUAGCUGCAGUUUGCUCUGUAUGUAACCUAGUCUUUAGCAUUGUUUAGAAUUCAUAUCUUAAUAACAAAUUUGACAUCCGCUUUUGUUUUCUCAUUACAAUGGAAAAUUUCUUUCUCUCAAAGUCCACAAUACAUUGCCUCAUUCCUUACUUUCGACUAGUGGUUGUGUCCUGUCUAUUACUUAUGCCUUGGAAGUAG